AUGUCUAUUGUCCAGCAAUUGAUCGAUAUGGGAUUCACCGCCGAGAAGGCCGAGGCUGCCGCUGCGAACAACAGAACCAUGGACCAGGUGAGCAUUUUAAGCUGAGCAACUUCGAAAAGUUCAUUUUCUAGGCUCUCGACUGGAUCGAGAAGGACGCUGCUGGCGUCGUGACCGACGGACAGGCUGCCAACUCAGCCGACGGGACUGCGGAAGAGGGAAGCACCCCGGCAGUUGCGGCAAGCUUCAAGUGUAACGAGUGAGUUCUAUUCCUGAGACAUUUGCAAUCCUAUCACUUCGUUCAUUUUCAGCUGCGGGAAAGUUUUGGCAAAUGAGGAUGCUAUAAUGUUCCAUGCUUCGAAGACGAAGCAUGAGAACUUCAGCGAGAGCACCGAGGAGAUUAAGCCAUUGACGGCUGAAGAGAAGGCGGCGAAAGUGCAAGAGAUUCGCGAGAAGAUCAAGGCUCAUCAGGCCAAGAAGGCAAAGAUCGAGGCGGAAGAAACUCGUGAGAAGGAGAGGAAGCGUCGUGAAGACGGAAAGGCAAUGAUUGCCCACAAGGAGGCAGCUAGAGAGCGCGAUAUUCGGUAAGUAUUUUGAGCUUUCUUUAGUUUUUGUAUUGAUUUUGAUUCCAGCGAAGCUGCCGAAUCGCGUCGCCGAGAGAAAUCGGAAGAUGAAAUUGCGAGACAGCGCGUUCUCGAACAAAUUCGCCUCGACAAGGAGGCUCGCAAGGCGAGAGCAGCUGGACAGCCAAUUCCCGAGCAGAAACCAGUGGCGGUGGCGACUCCAGUGCAGGUUGCUCCGCCGAAGGACUACUCGUCGACCACUCUCCAGUUCAGACUUCUCGACGGACAGACUGUCAGACAGACGUUCGAGGCUAAUGAGCCGGUGAGACAAAAAAGAAAUAAUACGCUUACAUUUUCUGCUUUCCAGCUUGCAAUGGUUCGUGCGUGGAUUGAGACCAAUCACGCUCAUGGAGCUCCGUUCUCGCUCAUGACUCCUUUCCCGCGUAAAGUGUACAACGAGAAUGAUAUGGGAAACCCGCUCAAGUCGCUCAGUAAGCUCAAUCCUUUGAUUUCACAUCUUACAAUUCUUACUUCCAGAUCUCGUCCCUUCCGCGAACAUCGUCCUUGUCGCUCGGCCUAACUGA